AUGCUGACAGUGGCACCUUACAAGACGCCGGAGAAGAAGGAGAAAAAGAAGAACCCCACGAGGGGGGCCCGGGAGGGCCUCCGCCCACUAAGUCCGGGGACACUCACGCCCCUUCUGUGCAAGAGGGGGGACCAGGAAGAAGAGGAGGAGGAGGAGGAGGAGAGCGGCUCCUCCCGCACCAGGAAAAGAGCGACACCAACUGAAGCCGAAGGGGAGAACCCUUCUCCAGCUCCGAAGAAGAGGGGAAAGGGGAAGCUGGUCCUGCUUGAUGACAGUUCGGACUCUGAUGAAGAGUCCGCAGCCUCUGAGCGGAUCCCGGAGAAGGUUCCCAGGGUCAAGCCCCGCACCGAAAGCCCAGCGCGCGACCGCCCCAACGACCAGAUAUCCGAGGGCACUUCUCCGCCAACAGAUCUGGCGGAGAGCGGGUGCGCAUCGGAUGCUGCACCCCGUCCGGGCUCCCAUGAAGAGCUCAAGCUCGUCAACAAGCGGCUUGACGAAGCACAAGCUGGUGCCCCGGAGGUCGAGAACCUCAGAGCCGAGUUGCGGAAGGUGAAAGCCGGCGCAGUCAAACAGAAGGUGGCGGGCGAACGAACGACCAUCGAGCUCACGUUGGUGAAAAACGACAGUGAGAAACAGGAGGCCAGGGUGGCCGAAGUGCAACAUGAGCUCAAGGAUGCCAUCACUAAAAUGUGA